CUCGGACGAUGUCAAUCAAUCAGGAAGGACAAAGACAGACUCGAGCUUGUCAAACAUGUCGUGUCUCAAAAGUCCGCUGUAGCAAACCAGACGACGGUUCAUCGUGUGCACGCUGCAGCAAAGCGGGCAGACCAUGCGUACCUUUCGAAGAAUCGAACAAAAGGCAGAAGCGGCUCGACACCAGAUCCAUUGAUGAUUUUGAGGCGAGACUAAGCGCAUUGGCCCAUAUACUGCAACAUCGAGGUGUCGACACUUCUGCGAUCCAGAUCAAUACAACGGAAAGAACGGAUGAGCUAGAUCCAUUGCCUGCGCCUACCCUCCUGGAUGCAGAGAGGACCGCUGUCUUUCCUCAUUCAUCACCGAUUGGAAUGUAUGCUGCUCAAAUUGAGCCAUCGAUUCACGACAUCAUCGAUGAUGAAACGACAAGCAUGAUCUUUGACCAUUUCAGGACGAAUAUGUUAAAACACCUCCCAUUUGUAGCGUUUCCUUCAGAUGUGGUUGCAACAGAGAUCCGACAGACUGCAUCCAUCUUACUUCUAGCCAUCCUAGAUGCCGCAGGUGAUGGUUAUUAUGACAUGGAAACUUCAUGUAGACUUAGGAGACGCCUCACAGAAGUUUACUCUGCCUAUUUUCAUGAGAAUAGCGCGGAUGGCAUAAUCAUGCUACAAGCUCAGAUUAUCUCAGUGUUGUGGAACCGAGAUCCUGAGCCCUCGCAAGCUGGUUCACAGCUGAAUGUGUUCCAAUUAAGUCAUACAGCCGCGAACAUGGCCACGGGUAUGGGUUUAGAGUCCCGUCUGAAGAACUGGUCUUGGAACAAAUCAUUGCCAUACCAGUCAGACCACUUUCGCGGUGCAACCAGCGAGUACCAAUUUUCUACUCUGGAAGUAAGGAGAUUGUGGUUGGCGUGCUACUAUAUCUGCUCGAAGUACUUGUUCCACAUAUCUCCCGAUUAUCACAUACUAACAUGGCGCAGUGCAUCAUUGGCUACACAGACACCAAGUUUGGUGCCUUGGAGUCGACAGAUGGAUGAAUGCCUAGAAGUAUUGAGCUCGUCUCCUGCUGCUCUUGCUUCUGACAAGGUACUGUGCGCUCAUGUCAGAUUGCAGCACAUUCUUGAGGAAACUGAGACACAGCUCUCGUCUUCUUAUGGACAAGUAGCAAUCGAUGUCGCUUACAGAGUCGCUGAACGUCAGCUUGCGGAGUGGGCCAAAACACUGCACGCAUGGAAUGAUUCGCUCAAGUUAUCUCAGCAGUUCGUAACUCUUUACAUUCACGAGCUGGCAAUGACCAAAACCUCCUUGGCCAAUCACACUCCUGCAAAUGACGAAUACGCAGUCAUCGUCAGUCCGUCCGAAUUCUCAGACUGUCUUGCAGUCACGCAGAACUCGCUAGACUUCUUUUUGUGCCUGGAUAUACCUCUCAUACGUACUCUCCCAACAUCGUACCUCGUUCAGGUGACACAUACGACACUUGUUCUUGUCAAGCUUCACUUGGCGGCAGCACGACUUUCCAAUCACAGAGAUGCGGCGCAGAAGAUCUCGGAGACUGGGACCGAUGCGUUCCUUAGACGCUUGUUGACAAAAUUUAGUGGCUGGGGUCCGCUUUGGCCUGCCCAAAAGCUUGUGGAGACAUUCCGGAGGCUUCGAGAGCUUUUGCGGCAAUGUGGUGACCAGAGGGUUGCUUCCGAUCUGGCCUGGCUCAAUACGUGGACUUUGGAAGGGGUACCGAGCUCUGACAUCUUUGGCCAAACAUCAAGGAUUCAGGAGCAGCCUUGGCCUGGUGAGGAAGAGGCAGCUACUUCUCAAAGCCUCGAGAUUAUAGAGAGAGUAAUGCUGUCUACGUUCGACGAGGAUGCGCCGGCAUGGCGUGCGUCAAGUACAGACCAAAACAACAGUAUGCAGAAUGACAUGCUGUCUACACUACCUUCCGCAAGUCUGGACGCAACUCAACUGAUCGAUUGGUUCGGGACGGAUCUCAGUACAAGUACGUUCGAUUUCGACGGUAAUCUACAACUUAUGACACAGUUCUUCGAA